AAAAGGAGUGCAAAGUUUCAUUCAUACUUAUUCACAAGUUUUUUUCAUAUCUUCUCCAAUUUUAGCCUCGUCUUUUUCACAUUUCCCAAAAAAUGUGGUCCGAUUUUGUGACAAGCGUGUUCCACGUCUUUCUUCGCCUCGGUCUCCAUGAACUCGAACCGACCCCACAGUUAGGACAAUAUUUCUCCAGCGAAGAGGGUUACAUUCACCACCAUCCACCCGGAUUGGACAGGAAGUUACCGUUUAGCGAUCAAUAUAAAUAUACUGAAUAUGAUGAUUAUUAUUCCCAUCUCGGGGCGACCCCUGUUCGUCAAGGUUCGACUGGACUUCCGCUCGACGCCCUGAUCCCGUUUUGCUCUGAAAAUGGUGACGCAACGCUGGCCAAGGCGGAUGACGCGGUUGCCCCCGUCACCCUGACGAAGGGCGACCCCUUCAUCUUCGGCAAUACGACGUACUCAUCCCUCUUCAUUAAUACGAAUGGAGGCAUCUCUUUUGAGGAAGGAGUCAGUCAAUUUAUCCCGAAUUGUCACCAAUCCCCAGUCCCCAUUGUUACGCCUUUUUGGGCCGAUGCAAACACGCAAAACGGUGGGAAUAUCACGUACCGCCAAUCCAUCGAUUCCGCCACCCUCGCAAAAGUUGACGCCAUCCUGCAAAAAGGAUUUCCCGGUCAGAAGACGGGACUCAAGUGGGCCUUCGUCAUGACCAUGUUUGACUUGCCGUUCGUCUACGCAAAACCACAGACCGAUUCUUGUCCAGGGCUGGCAUUGCGGAACACGUUCCAAACCGUGUUGGCCAGGGGGACCACGGAAUCGUAUAUUAUUUUCCUUUAUAACAAGAUACAGUGGACUGCAGGACCAACUUACACGUACGGCGAUGGAGGAGAUGCCUGCACAGGAACUGGCGGGAAACAUCCCCCCGUGGCAGGAUUUGACGCCGCCGAUGGCAAAACGCGCUUCCAACUACCCACCUCUUGCUCCCAUGACGCUAUUAACAUCGCCUCCACGACGAACAUUAACCUUCCUGGCGCCUGGGUUUUCCGCGUCACUUCCGGUCCAAUUACACCUUGUGACAUCCAAUGUCUUCGCAACGGCGACUACCUGGCUGACCCCUACGACUGCACCUCGUACUACCAGUGCUCUAAUGGGACCCCGAUUAAACGCGUCUGCCCCUUUUAUAGGGAACCCGAACGGCUCGUUUUUGACCCAUUCAAGCAAGUUUGCGUCUGGAAAGACAAAUACGCUUGCGAACCUAUCUGCAUUAAAAAUUGAAAUACAAUUCCGCUCUAUGAAAAUCUUGUUCAGUUAAAUAAUUUACAGAUUUGGCAACUAAAUUCUUGAAGAUUUGAAUAAACAAAAAAUUCAAUUCGGAAAUCUUGA